AUGCAAGCCAAUACAGCUUCUUGGCUGCUUAGGAAGAUUCUGAAAUCUAAACAAGUACUAGAAGGUGUUGGCUAUAUAGAGGCAGCUCUGGUCCAAAUGCAAAGUUUCUCAAUUCAGAUAAUGUACAAGUGUGCAACAAUUAGGGAUCACCUAGGUGAACUUUCAUGCUCGGAUUGGCAAUACACUGAGAGUUUGUUAACUAGGGAUAAACUGGCACAAUGGGGACUCAUUGAUGAUGCUACUUGCCCCUUGUGUCAUACUACCAAUGAGACUGUAUCACACCCACCUUUAGAAUGCACUGUAUCAGCAGGGCUGUGGAGCAGGUUGUUAAGAUGGCAAGGGAUCACUAGAUCACCUUUUAACUGGCAGAAUGAAGUUGACUGGGCAACAAGACAGUGCAAGAGUAGUAGUAGUACAACUGACAUAUACAAAAUGACUUUGGCAGGAACAGUAUACUACAAGUGGCAAGAGAGGAACAUAAGAAUUUUCCAGCACAAGCAGAGAAAUGAAGAUGCUAGUGCUAGAGAUCCAUUGUAG